AUGAAGACGAGAAGGGACGAAGAGAAAGUCAUCGCAAGCUCUUUUAUUUAUCCGAAAGACGCUCUCUCCACUAGUACUCCCAAAAGGAAAAACAAAGGCAUCGCGAUCAGCGGCAAUGCGUGCGAUAUUGUGGACAGGUAUAUUCCACAGCAGACUUCUCACCGAGCAUAUAAUGCGGCUCACCGACUGAGAACAAUCGAUUUUGAGGCAUCUGAACUUAGUGAAAGCACACGUUCGCCAUCUUACCUAACGUCCUCUGAGUUUUUCUCGAAUUUAAGGUUCACUAGGAAUUACAGCUCGAUAACCACCGAUUCAAAUGCAGACGCCCCCAAAAAAGAUGAGAAAUCCCCACUGAAACAGAAACUACACAGAAGAUACAUCGCAGAUGCGUUGGGCUUCCAUGUUGCUGAGCGGGUUUACCAUUUUUCUGCUUCUGAUCCGAACGUUUCCAACUCCGAAUCGAAUACUUUGAACAGUACGAGUACCAGCCACACCAAUGUUGACCCCAUGCUCUCGAUUCUUCCUCCAAAAAAGCUUAUCCGUUAUCUCACGAUGCAAGCGUUUUCGAAUAGUUUACGGAGCAGAAGCCUAGUGCCCAUGAACCAGAGACCUACUAAACGAACUAAAUCUCAUGUACCUUAUCGUGUUUUAGAUGCUCCUUCGUUGAGAAAUGAUUUCUACUCCAACUUGGUGUCCUGGUCACGCAUAAGUGGGAACAUUGUGGUUGGUCUCGGAUGUGCAGUCUAUAUUUGGUCUGAUACUAGAGGUGCCAUCAAUGUCUUACAUUACUCAUACCUACAGCCUAACAAUGAUAUAGUCACUUGCGUAUCGUUUUCCCCAUAUAAUGAUCUUUUAUUAGUUGGAACGAAGCAAGGUCGUCUACUGCUUUUCACUCAAGGAGAUGACCCAGACGAAGCCUUUGCUGGCGGCUUCAAACCAUUGUGCAUAUCUAACGAUGCUACUUUAAAGGGUGUAUGCUGCAUCGAGUGGUUCAAAAGUCAUGAUAAAAAUGUGGUAUUGGUCGGUGAGGAAAGUGGCGAUGUUCAUGUGAUACAACUAGAAUGCGUGCACGAAGAAUUAUGCGAAAUUCGAUGUAAUGAUAAUCUAGCAGAUAUUGGUAUGACUAGCCCAGUAGAGAGCAAUGAUAAUAGAUACAGAGAUGGGGAGGAAGCAUCAACUAGAAUGAACCAACUGCCAAAAAUUAAACGCUGUACGACAGCUAAUCGCAGGUGGAUAUUCGUGAUUCUAUCGAAGUUCAAAGCUCAAAACCAGCAAGUUUGCGGUUUGUCAUACAACGAUGCUACCAAUCAAUUAGCUGUUGGAGGAAAUGAUAAUGCAUGUACCAUUUGGGACACCACAAACUUAAGUGGCCCUCGUCUGCAAUUUGUACUACCACAUAAAGCAGCUGUUAAGGCAGUUGCGUUCUGUCCGUGGUCCAAGUCUUUACUGGCAACGGGUGGUGGAAGUAAGGAUCGUACUAUUCGAUUCUGGCAUACACAAUCGGGGACUUUGUUACAGCAUGUUAAAGCCCCAGGGCAAAUUACGUCCUUGAUUUGGUCAGUAAAACAAAAGCAAAUUGUUGCUACAUUUGGUUUCGGUGAUCUGGAAAGACCCACGUUGGUUACCGUUUAUUCGUACCCGUUACUCCAGCCGCUAACUGAAGUGCAUUCUAGCACUGCCCUUCGAGUUUUAAGUGCUGUGCCAUCUCCAGAUUUUAGCUCAAUAUGCAUUGCCACCAAUGAUGAAACUGUUAGAUUUUAUGAGCUAUGGAGUUCACAGCAGUCUACUAUUAUGGAAGCUCAACAGCAAGGGAUCUACGGGAGUGAAUUGAUAGAGUUCAGUGAAGGGAUUAAUAAAAACGACAAAAUAAUAAGGUAA